GCCAAUGGGCUCUGGACAGUACUGCUGAGCAGCUUCGUCUUGGCCCAAUGCCAGGUCAAGGUCAUGACGCCAAGCUGGUUGGUCAAAGAGUUUUCGCAGAACCAUGGUAGGAUUAUGGGAUCAACUGCGACAUUUGGCGCUCCGUUUUAUGGAGAGCGUGUGUGGGGACGGUUGGUCUAUGGGCGAUCAGCAAGGAACCAUCAUUGCACCGAGGACGACUACGAAAUCCCGCCAUUGAGUCUCAUGAAAGCAGGUGAAAGUGGCUACAACAAGAUACGGCUCAUCAACAUUGUGAUGGUUCGACGUGGGAAUUGCUCUUUCACCCACAAGGUCCGGAUAGCUCAAGAUACAAAAGAUGCACAUGCUGUAAUCAUCAUUGACAGAGAGGAUUCGGACUUCACUGCAGAGAGCCUGGCCAACAUCAUUGUGGCUGACGAUGGCUAUGGAGAUGGAAUUCACAUUCCAUCGGUGCUCAUUUCCAAAGAAGACGGUAGACGUCUCAUAGAAGCUGUGGAGCGACCACAGGUCCAGGUGGUGGUGGAAUUGGCCUGGGAUUUGCCCACGGACCAAGUGGUGACGAUGGACAUGUGGAUGAGCUCCGCCAGCAUCGAAUCCAACAAGUUCCUCAAGGAGUUUGCUCCAAAGCGACGGGUGCUCAACGAGGUCAUGAUCUUCAAUCCGCAUUAUGCAGUUUUCAGUAUGGAAAAGGGCAACCCUGAGGUUUACUCGGGCGUUUGCCUCGGCAAUGAGCCCCGAUUUUGCGCGGAGGAUCCAGACGGUGCCGGAAGUGUCACCGGCGAAGAGGUGCUGAUGGAGGACGUGCGACAGCUUUGCAUCCACGACCGAACGAAGGUGAAACGCUCGAGCUUGGAGGAUUUGAUGAGUGGAAAACAUCUUGUCGAGUACGCUGCCAAAUACUGGGACUACAUGGAAAAGUUCUUGGACAGGUGUCCCUUGGAUGGAACUGGCAGCGCAAAGUUUGGCAUUGAAUGUUCAGAGAAGGUGAUGCGAGAGGAUAUUGCAACACGAACUGGACAAUCCAGUUUCUUGGCAGGUUCAGCUCAUGAGGCCUCUAUAGACCUGUGCCAUGGGCUGCACCUGAGCAGCUUGGUAGACAUGGAGAGCUGGGAAUUUCCCACGGAACUCGACGAGUUCUUGGAGUUUUGCGUGGAGGAGCACAAUGGCGACUUCGACGAAAUCUCCAGGGAAUUCUUGGAAGUAGCUAGUGGUCUUGAUGAACAGUUGGCUGGACGUGCAGAGGAGGCCUUCUCGGCGCCGUCCCUGCGGCAGCGCUACCUGCAGCUGCACCCCGAGGCCGAUGGCGCGGCCGGUGCCGCCGGUGCCGUGGCGCCGCCCUCGGUGACGGCCACAGAGCUCACGGAGGCCGACCACGAGGAGAGCAACGACGCGGCCGACGCGGCCGACGCGGACGUGGCCGAUUGGAAGCACGCCCAGAACGAGGACGCACCCUCCCAGUUUUCGGUGCUCACGGACAGUCUGCAG